CGAAUCCGCGCACAUGAAAGGAAAACCAAACCCCCUGUCACACAACGCCCACUCGCUCUAAGCUUGAGGCCUCAGCGUACUCUCACCUCUCUCAAGAGCCGUCAUUGCAGAAAGAAAGAAAGUAAUGCAGAGACUGCCUCUUCGUUGAAUUAAAUAAGAAUAAUUAAGAUCCGACCAGAUUGAUUGCCGAAGAAUCCGAGAUCUCUUCAUCUCACAGAGUUGACUAUACUGAGGUUUUCUUUUGGUGAUCGACCGAUGGCAUCGGAGGAUGUGAAGGCGAGCGAAUCGGCUGUGACUACUAUUGUCAAUUUGGCGGAGGAAGCUAAGCUUGCGAGAGAAGGAGUCAAGGCUCCUAGCCUUGCUAUUCUUAGCAUCUGCAAGUCUCUUGUUGCCGGUGGUGUUGCUGGUGGAGUGUCUCGCACUGCUGUUGCUCCCCUGGAGAGGAUGAAAAUACUGCUACAGGUUCAAAAUCCACAUAACAUAAAAUACAAUGGAACAAUUCAAGGGUUGAAAUACAUAUGGAGGACUGAGGGUUUUCAUGGACUAUUCAAAGGCAAUGGCACCAAUUGUGCUCGUAUUGUCCCAAACUCGGCAGUCAAGUUUUUCAGCUAUGAGCAAGCUUCAAAGGGAAUAUUGUAUCUCUAUCAACAGCAAACUGGUAAUGAGGAUGCUCAGCUCACUCCUCUUUUACGCCUUGGAGCUGGAGCAUGUGCAGGAAUUAUAGCAAUGUCUGCAACUUAUCCCAUGGAUAUGGUACGAGGCAGGCUAACUGUACAGACUGAGAAAUCACCUUAUCAAUAUAGAGGAAUGUUCCAUGCUCUAUCAACCGUGCUUCGGCAAGAAGGCCCACGGGCACUAUAUAAGGGCUGGCUUCCUUCUGUCAUUGGAGUUAUUCCAUAUGUGGGUCUCAACUUUUCAGUGUAUGAAUCUCUAAAGGAUUGGUUGGUUAAAGCUAGACCAUCUGGACUCGUUGAAGAUUCUGAAUUGAAUGUGACUACAAGGCUAGCUUGUGGGGCUGCAGCUGGAACCGUUGGCCAAACUGUUGCUUAUCCUCUUGAUGUUAUUCGCCGGCGGAUGCAAAUGGUGGGAUGGAAAGGUGCUUCUUCCAUCGUCACUGGUGAUGGGAGGAGCAAGGCCCCACUCGAGUAUACUGGCAUGAUUGAUGCAUUCAGGAAAACUGUUCGGCAUGAGGGCUUUGGAGCAUUAUACAAGGGUUUGGUACCAAAUUCAGUGAAGGUAGUUCCAUCCAUAGCAAUUGCAUUUGUGACAUAUGAGAUGGUGAAAGACAUUUUAGGAGUCCAGAUCAGAAUAUCAGACUGAAGUCCCAGGGGUCCUGCCUGAUAUUUGUUGAAUCAGGGUGCUAUUUUUGUAGGCAAGGGAAUAGAGAGAAGGUAAACUAGCUCAUGCAAAAGAGCGAGUUUAGAAACAUGUUUAAGACUGUUUAUGCUUAGCCUUAAGAUUCUCAUUCAUUUGUUGUGUCAAUAAAGCAUGCUGAUGGGACGACUCAUGAUUUGUAAUUUCAUGCUUCAUAAGAGCUGAAGUAAUUUUCUGAA